AUGAAGCAUUUCUUCACAUCAAAAGAGCAAUUGAAAUCUUUGAGCAGCAAGAUAAAGUUUGAGAACCAAUUAAAGAAAAUUACCGGUCGACUAGUUUCAUUUCAUCCUCGGAGAGCAGCUGAUGACUUAUAUGAUGAUAGUGUGGAUAAAUUUGCACAGAUCUUCUACGAAUAUAAUGGAGUUGAGAUAAUUUUACGCUUGCUGACGUUUAGUUCUUUAUUCCCAAGUGAUUCUCUCAGUUGUCCAGAUUCAGAGCAUGUGUUACGAGCAAAGAGUUUGUGUCUAGAAAUUUUAAUUAAAAUUAUCUCAACUCCAAAAGGAGAAAGAGUAAUAUCAAGAGUGCUUUCAAAAGAUGAUAUCUUGAACUAUAUUUUUACACUGUUAGCCCAAAAGAAAACAUUUAUAGCAGCUUGUCAGUUGCUUGAGGAUAUGCUGCAGAUGAGGCAGGAAGUUUUGGAUUUACAUAAAAUACAUAAUUUGCCAGGUCUAAUAUCUUGUCUAAGUGAUGGGGAGUUGGCCAACUUCUGCCGAAUUCUUGCAAUUACUAUAUCUGAUUUAGAUAUUUAUGAAAAUAAAUCUUCAUUAUUUGCACAGAAUAAACAAAAGCGAAGUAAUGGUUUUGUGAAUAUUAGGGAUGUCAAUCAAGAACUUCUUUUAGGAAUACCAGAAUUACUGCCAAGAUUGGUUAAUAUCACAGUUUCAAAAGCAAAAGAUUAUACACCAAGAUUUCCAGGUUUUGUAAGUGAAUUAGAUUGUUGGAUGGAAUGGAUAGAAAACCAAAUGGAUGAUGAUGACUUAUCAGAAGAUGCAAAUACUGAUGAAUUUGAAGAUUUUGUUGGUGGGAUUUCUGUUGCUACUGCACGAGGUUCCUCUUUAAAAACUCAGCAAGGUUUACGAAUAACAGAAGAUCUUGCACAGCGAGUGGAAGUUGUUUAUGUUCUUGGCUUAUUCUUACUGGGUAAACAUCGGAAAAAAGUGCAGAGAAAAUUAGCUGAAUUAAAGCUAGCUCCUGGAUUAAGUGAACUUUUUGAUCAAUUUAUAUGGAAAUGUCAAGUAACACGACAUGGAGUACGUCACCGGCUAAUUGGACACAAUUCAAGCUGUGAAUGUAGUCCAGAAGUUGCUUUAAAAAUCCAGUUCCUUCGACUUGUUCAUAGUUUUUGUGAUCACUCAGAUUACAAGCAUCUAUUGUUAUCUAGAAAUGAACUGAAUGAAAUCAAGAACAUUAAUGCUCAUGCUGGUCCAUUGGCAUUACAAAAUCUUGAUUAUUUAAACAAGCAGCUGAUGUGUAGAGGGAGCAAAGGAUUGCUGACGAAAAUAGUUGAAGUCAUGAAGAAAGAGCCAACGACAUCGACAUUCCGGUUUUGGUUAGCUCGAGCUGUUGAAAGUUAUCUUAGGGGUAACACUUCCUACUGUGAUCAGAUUUUUCUUAUGCGGCGGGAUUUGCUUCAGCACGUUGCUGGUAAUAUUGUGAAACAUGAUAUAGCCAAUAAAGAGAUUCUUCAGAGUAGUUUUGAUCUCUUGGGUGAACUUAUAAAAUUCAACAUUGACGGAUUCAAGGACUUCGAUACUAUCCUCAAUACAGAAAGUAAAUUUAAUAAAUUCAUCUCAACAGUCAACAGAAAUCUAGUGGAUUCUAACAUGUUUAUCCGAAGUUUAAUUCUGUCUCUUGAACAUUUCUCAGAUGACGAACAAUAUGAUGCUAUCCGAAAGCACAACCGUUUAUUAGUGUAUAUAGCAGAUUUUAAACAACAACUUGACUAUUUGCGGAAAUUAAUCAACAUAAUUAGUGUUCAAAAUCUCACUCAGGAAAAUGUAAGCUGUUUAAAUACAACACUGGUAUUCCUAAUGUUUGCCAAUCAAAAGAAAAUUUUACCAAAGUAUCUUCAUGCUCUACAGGAUGACACAGAUGACCUUUUGGAUGUUAAUAUAUCUGGUUCAAUCAUGGGUAAUUUCAGGGAAUUGUUGUUAUUCUGGCAAGAUCAUUAUUUGCAUAAAGAUAAAGACUGCAGUGCACUUGAAAAGAGCUCCAGAAUAUAUUUUGACUAUUGGAAGCGUACUGUAAAGACUCUUGUGGAAGAAGAUCGAAAUUUAGAUACCUCUAUUCUCCAUUAUAUUCCUCCAAUUUCCUCACACUUGUACCUUCCAAGCCCUUCUACUCACAGAAGAAAGAGAGAUUCAAGGGACAAUCUGAAUAAAUUAAAAACUAUCAACUGAAUUAACUAGAGAUCAGUCUAAUGUGAAACAAACCAUCACCACUAAAUACUUGUUUUCCUACCAUUUUACAAAUUUUUUUUCAAAAUUGGAAACAGAUGCUGAUUUUAGUUUCACAUCUACUUAAGGGAAAAAAAUCAAACCUGCUAAAUGCUCUGAAUAAGCAUAGAAUGUUGGAGAUAGAAAAAAAGAUAAUUAUAUAUAUAUAUAAUUAUUUUUAUAAUUAUAAUUAUUAAAAUAAUUAUAAUCUGUAAACUAUGUAAAUGAAGUUAAGUUAAAGAGAUCUACAAGCAUAUACAUAAAUAUAUAUACUAUUUUCUUCAUUUACUUUAUUCUUUUAAUUUUUUUGUAAAAAAUUGGAAAAAAACACCCAUUUUCUAAAAUGAAGUUUAACACUGAAGUAAAACACUAGUGCAAAGCUGUGUGAAAAGCAAGCAGGGAAGAAUAAGAAAAAAUCUCAAUAUCAAAAGUUAUGCUUUUUUUUCUUUAUAUAUAUAUAAAUUUUGACUUUAGUUUCCAUUGUUGUAUUAUUUUUAUUUUAUAUAUUUACUUGUUCUUGAUAUCAUUUUAUUAAUUUAAGGAAUACAUCUCUGAAUUUAUUGAAGAGAGAAAGUGGUAUUAAGGUUUUCCUAGCCUAUAAAGCAUUUUUAUUUAUUGCUGUCUAUAUAUACACACCUACACAAACACGCACACACACCCUCUUCUCUCUUCUCCUUUUUUAAUUUAUAAUUAAAGUUAAAACAGCCUUCUCUAGCACAGGUUGUUUAUAAAUUGAAUUAUAAAAGAAAUUUUAAAAUUUUCGUCUAGAAAUGUUUCAUUUACUUUGCUGUAUAGUUUAUAAUUAAUUCUAACAUUUAUUACUAAUGAUAUUGAAACCAGAUAUAUCUCUCUUACUAUCACCAUAUGUACAUACAUGCCUCAUUCUCUCUUUCUCCACAAAUACAUAUAAAGUAUUCAAAUAAUCUGUAAUUCUAACAGUCAAUUUGAAUAUACAUAUUGUUACAUAUCUCUGAAUUUCUUUAUUCUUGGGUACAUUUUGAUUUGGUUGAAGUCUCCCCCCUUCCCCAAGACCUUUCUCUUGAUUAAACUUCAUAAGUGUAAAUCAUUUUUUAAGUUUAUUUCAAUGAACAUUUUGAAGAUUCAUAUUAAAAAAAGAUUUUUUCCACCAUAACUUUGCAACCAGGAUUUUACUACAAAAUAAAAAUGAAUUUCGCACACCAGUGUAUAAAGAUUUUCUUAA